AUUCCUACACAUAUAGAUCGAUUGGGUGAUCGAUCGAUCACCAGACAUACGGACGACGUACGUAGAGGAGGUGCGGAGGAUUAAUCCAUCAAAGAGCCCCCGUCAAGGACGCAGAGGGAAGGCGGAUUGAUCAAUGGGAUCCUGGUUCUCCUCCCCUAACGGUGAGGGCGCCGGCGCCGGCUCCGGCUAUCUUCGUUAUGUGCGUAGAGCCGCCGUCUCAAAACAGUUUGCAGCUCGCCUUCAACAACUCAAGGACAGCGGACGUCUUGUUGACCCGAACACCCAAGAAGGAGAGGACGCCUACUGCAUUCGUGAACUCGCCGACUGGGCCCUCCGACAUUACAACUCCAACCACGCGGGUCCUGAGUUCCGGCUUCCUGAUCGGCCCACCGCAGACUGCGUUAGUUUCACGUCUCUUGAUCUGCCGACCACGGAUUUGAAGGCCGCGUGUGUUGGUUUUAGGGAAGACCUCUGGUACCAUAUCAACUUCUCGGCUCGCCAGACAGACGAUGAUGAGCACAUCUUAUUCGCCGAGCUACGCUACGGCCGGUGCUCUAACCUACUAACCGUCGAGACAUGCACCAUCCUAGAAGAGCCGUUGGACCAUUUGACAAGCAGCUGCGCAUUGUGUCCCAGUGAAUCCAAUAUUUUGCACCCAAAUGCCGUACAACUCGGAUGUGGAAAGGAGGGGCAGGAAAAGGAAUUUUUCCGUGAGAGGCGUGCAUGGAAUGGGCACACAAAGGAACUUUUCAGCAAGAGCAAUAUGCUACAGACCCCCUUCUUCAUAGGAGGGAAUGGGCCUCGAUAUAGACUAGAUUGACCAUGUUUUAUGUAUUUUUUCCUCUUCUCAUCAUUUAUGACAUGUGUGUUUAAUUUACUGCAUCAUUCAGGAAAAUAAACCCUGUAAGAGCAACUCUAGCCGAUCCCCUAAAAAUAGAGUAAAACGGCAGAGUAA